AUCACAUCCCAAGCCCAAGCUACAAACACCUAGCCGCGACAUCUUGCAUCCUUACUUCUCUGCGCCUACUACACCCAGACCUUCCAACCGAAUCAACGCCAUAUAUCCUCACGCGACUGCAGCACAGCCAAAAUGGCAAACGUAAUAGCGAAUUCCGGACACGAUGAAAUGAUUCAUGAUGCCGUGCUAGACUACUAUGGUCGGCGGCUAGCGACAUGCUCUUCCGACAAGACAAUCAAGAUCUUCGAGGUCGAGGGCGAGAACCACAAGCUGGUUGAGACGCUGAAAGGACACGAGGGCGCCGUCUGGUGUGUCGCGUGGGCCCACCCUAAGUACGGCAACAUCCUCGCCUCUUCCUCCUACGAUGGCAAGGUCCUCAUCUGGCGCGAACAGUCGGGCGCCUGGCAAAAGAUUUACGACGUCGCCCUCCAUACCGCAUCCGUAAACCUUGUCGCCUGGGCGCCCCACGAAGCGGGCUGCCUCCUCGCCUGCGCCUCCUCCGACGGCAACGUCUCGGUCCUCGAAUUCAAAGACAACGCUUGGACACACCAGAUCUUCCAGGCCUGCGGUUCCGGUGUGAAUAGCGUGUCGUGGGCUCCUGCGGUAGCUCCAGGACAGGUCGUUAGCGCAAGCGGGAACCAAGCGGGCGCUGCGAGACGGUUCGCUACUGGUGGAAGCGAUUGCCAGGUCAAGCUUUGGGACUUCAGCCCCGAGACAGGGAGCUGGCAGAACACACAGGUUUUGCCAGGACACACGGAUUGGGUACGCGAUGUCGCGUGGUCGCCUACAGUUCUCUCUAAGUCGUACAUUGCGUCUGCAUCACAGGACAAGACUGUGCGCAUCUGGACAUCCUCGGAUUUACGUGACUGGAAGUCCACUGUCCUUAAUGUCGAUGCCGUCGCUUGGCGUGUAAGCUGGAGUUUGAGUGGUAAUGUGCUGGCAGUGAGCACUGGUGACAACAGGGUCAGCCUGUGGAAGGAGAGAUUGAACGGUGAAUGGGAGUGCGUCAAGACGAUUGAGGAGUAAACUAUAUUCUCGACAGCAAGCACACAAAUACGUACGAAAGAUACUGGCACGACGAUAGUGAGACACGGCCUGACUGGCAAGGCUACGGCUGUUGAAUAUACAUGGCAAGUCAAGCAUAGGCGAGGAGUGGUGGUUGAAGCGUGUGAGGAAAAGAACCAACAGUCCAUUGAGAAGUUCGUACUGUCUACAAAGGCAGAAGUAUCAAUACAACACACGGAAGUAUUUCUCUCUGCAAUUACUUGCCCUUUGUAAGAAAACCUGUCCAUAUCACUAUUCUUGGG